CUCCACCUGGCCCUUCUUCUUCUUCUCUUCUCUUAUAAUAAAAGCCUCAUUUUCAAUUAACCCUAGAAAAUUCUCUGUACUGUUUUCUUGCUGUCACACUCUCUGAUAAACCCUACGCCACCGCUCUUCUCUAAAGCCCUAACCAGUAUCAACCUUCGUCUUCAUCUUGUUUAGCAAUGGAGUUUUGGGGUGUUGAAGUGAAGAGUGGAGAGCCCCUCAGAGUUAGGCUUCCUGAGGGCAUGGUUUUGCAUAUGUCACAGGCAUAAGUUUUACUGUUUUAGAUAUUUUCUUAUUGUUAGACCUCAUUUGAUUCUAUAUCCAAACCCUGUGAAUUUUUAAUGCAGGCUUCUCUUGGAGAUUACAAAAAGGCCAACGAAUCUGUUCCCUUGUUUUUGAAUGUUGGUGGACAGAAGCUUGUUCUUGCGACACUUGUCUCUGAGAAGUUGCCACAACAACAACUAGACUUGGUUUUUGACAAGGAACUGGAACUCUCUCAUAACUGGAAAAGUGGCAGUGUCUACUUCUAUGGUUACAUUGCCAAGAACCCUUUUGAAGAUGAGGACGAUGAUUUUGAUUAUGAUGAAUCAUCUUCUGAUGAUGACAUCCCGCUUACUCUUGCUGACAACGGUAAUGCUGUGACCAAAGCAAAUGAAGAAAAGCCUGCUAAUGCCAAGAAGGCUAAUGCUGAGAAGGACACUGGUGCUGGUAAGCAGAAAGUGAAGAUUGUGGAACCAACCCCUAAAGCUGACGAAGAUGAUGAGUCUAGUGAGGAAGACGAUUCAAUGUCUGAAGAUGAGGGCGAGGAAUCCGAUGGCAGUGACUCUGAAGAUGAUGAAUCAGAUGACAGUGAAGAAGAAGAGACACCAAAGAAGGCUGAAACAAGUAAGAAAAGAGGUGCUGAUUCAGAUCUCAAAACUCCUGGACAGGAUAAGAAAGCAAAACUUUCCACUCCUCAAAAAACUGAUGGCAAGAAGGCGCCACAUGUUGCUACUCCCUACCCUUCAAAACAAGCUGGGAAAACACCUGCUGCUAACAAGAAUCAGCAGACUCCUAAAUCUGCAGGAUCCCACUCUUGCAAGACUUGCAACAGGUCAUUCAACUCUGAAAAUGCAUUGGAAUCCCACACCAAGGCAAAGCACAGUGCUGCAAAGUCUGGAAACUAGUAGUAGUAUAUGAAAUCAUUAAAGUUUCUUUUGGUGGGGACCUUAUACAGCUGAUCGUUUUGGUAGGGUAAUUCAGCUGAUGUAAAGUUGAGAUUUUGAAUUGCUAGUAUUUUAUCCGUUCCUGUGAACUGCGGCAUUGGGUGAAUGGGUGGGUCGAAUGAUUAUUACUAAUUGUUAUGCUCUUUUUAAGAUGAGAUGUUUUUAUGGAAUUUAAAGUUGCCAAUUUCUUCUUCAUGACAAGUGGGUUGGUCUGUGUUUUUGUUUGAUUUGUUUAGUGAUCAAGCCUCAGUUUAAUUUGAAAGGUUGUGAGCUUGCAAUUUGCAUCUUUUUUUUUUUUUUUCUUUCAAAAAACUGUGAUUUGCAUCUCGUAAAUUGAUGAAUUUCCUAAUGUAUAGAGCUUUCUAAUAUGAAUAAUGAUAAUUCAGGCCGGAA